UGUCACCCUGAGUUUGUCCUACAUGGUGGGAACCAUUGCCUCCUUCCACGACACCACCUCUGUGGUCAUCACUAUGGGAGUAACGCUGGCCGUCACUGUGGCAAUCAUCAUUUUCUCUGCACAGACUCGUUAUGAUUUCACUGUUUGCUACGGUGUUCUGCUGAUUCUGUCCGUGGACCUGAUCAUGUUCGGGAUCUUCUCGACCUUCUACUCCUCCUAUCUCGGUGACAUCGCCUAUGGAUGUUUUGGUGCUCUGCUGUAUUCAAUGUUCCUGAUGAUCGACUGUCAGCUGAUGAUGGGGGCGAUGAGCUACCGUCUGAAUCCAGAGGAAUACAUCAACGCUGCUCUCAACAUCUACCUGGACGUAAUGCUCAUCUUCCUCUACCUGCUAGGGAGGAGGUGAAACUGUAUACACAAAUACAUUUACCCACAAACACACCAAACUGUACCCACAUGUAGAAUUAUUGUAAUUACUACAUACAUACUGUAGAUCCUGUUUUAACUGACAAUGAAAGAAUGAUUGUUUUAAAAACUGUAUACACGAAAUACAAACACACCAAACUGUACCCACAUGUAGAAUGUACUUUAUUAUUGUGAUUACUUUGUAUAUACUGUAAAUCCUGUUUAAACUGACAAUGAAAGAAUGAUUAUUAUUGUUUACAUAAACAUGUUUUUUGUGUACAAUUGUAACAGAAAUUUGACUCAACAAUUAUCAAAACAGAUGAAAACGUUUACUUCCAAUUUGAGGCUUUCACUUGAAUUUAGGUAAUUAUUCAGUAGAAAUGCUCACGUCCAACUUGCCUAAAGAAACUUCCAGAUCGUUAUAAAAGUCAGACGAUGAUACUCCAAUAGAUCCACAGAAGGCCAUUUGUGUUUCAUGCGCAGCAGACAUUGCAAAAAAAACACAUUUGUAUAGAUGUGAGGAUGUACGUG